UCGAAAAAUGAUGAUCUAUCCACAGCGAUUUUAAAGCAGAAGACCAGACCUAACCGGUUGGUUGUGGAUGAAUCUCUCAAUGAGGACAACAGUGUGGUCUCUCUGUCUCAGGUGAGGCAUUGGUGGGGUGAAUGAAUGUGGCAUUUUUAGUGAACCCCCAGUCUGCACUGAGUGAUACAUAGUUAUUUCACCAGUAAAUCACUCGUUCCAGUUGUGCGGGCUGUGUUUGACUGUUACAUCUUCACUGUGGGAGGUUCUAUAUUAGAUCAAUAGGAUUGUGUCUGACUGAUUCCUCUGUCCCGCCCUAGGCCAAGAUGGACGAGUUGCAGUUGUUCAGGGGAGACACAGUGCUGAUGAAAGGAAAGAAGAGACGGGAGACAGUCUGCAUUGUGCUCUCUGACGACACCUGCUCCGACGAGAAGGUCCGCAUGAACAGAGUGGUCCGCAACAACCUGAGAGUCCGCCUGGGUGAUGUCAUCAGGUGAGAAGGAACUGUAGAACUUUGGCAUCAAUGCAGCGUCGCGUAAAACCAGACCUCUGCUCCUACUUCAAUGUACAGUAUAGCCCUGACAUAAUUCAUUAUUUUGGUGGUCCCACAGUAUUCAGCCAUGCCCAGAUGUGAAGUACGGGAAGCGGAUCCACGUUCUGCCCAUCGAUGACACUGUGGAGGGGAUCACAGGGAACCUGUUUGAGGUCUACCUCAAGCCCUACUUCCUGGAGGCCUACAGGCCCAUCAGGAAAGGUAACCGUGAUCCAGAGCAGGGUUUCCCAAACUCGGUCCUGUGGCCCCCCCACCCUGCAUGUUUUAUUUUUUGCCCUAGCACUACACGGCUAAUUCAAAAAAUCAAAGCGUGAUGAUGAGUUGGUUAUUUUAAUCAGCUGUGUAGUGCUAGGGCAAAAACCAAAACGUACAACCAGGAUGAAUGUUUCCAACAAUUGUUUACAGACAGAUUAUUUCACUUAUAAUUCACUGUAUCACAAUUCCAGUGGGUCAGAAGUUUACAUACACUAAGUUGACUGUGCCUUUAAACAGCUUGGAAAAUUCCAGAAAAUGAUGUCAUGACUAGCAUUGCCUUUAAAUUGUUUAACUUGGGUCAAACGUUUCGGGUAGCCUUCCACAAGCUUCCCACAAUAAGUUGGGUGAAUUUUGGCCCAUUCCACCUGACAGAGCUGGUGUAACUGAGUCAGGUUUGUAGGCCUCCUUGCUCGCACACGCUUUUUCAGUUCUGCCCACAACUUUUCUAUAGGAUUGAGGUCAGGGCUUUGUGAUGGCCACUCCAAUACCUUGACUUUGUUGUACUUAAGCCAUUUUGCCACAACUUUGGAAGUAUGCUUGGGGUCAUUGUCCAUUUGGAAGACCCAUUUGCGACCAUUUGCGAAUGUUCUUUGAACAUUUUGCAUUUACAUUUUAGUCAUUUAGCAGACGCUCUUAUCCAGAGCGACUUACAGUUAGUGAAUGCAUACAUUCUUUUAUUUGUUUAUACUGUCCCCCCGUGGGAAUCGAACCCACAACCCUGGCGUUGCAAACGCCAUGCUCUACCAACUGAGCUACAUUACCUGCCGGCCAUUCCCUCCCCUACCCUGGACGACGCUGGGCCAAUUGUGCGCCGCCCCAUGGGUCUCCCGGUCACGGCCGGCUACGACAGAGCUUGGAUUCGAAGCAGGAUCUCUAGUGGCACAGCUAGCACUGCAAUGCAGUGCCUUAACCUCCUGAGUGGCGCAGUGGUCUAUCUCAACAUCUCAAGACAUUAGUCAGGAAGUUAAAGCUUGGUCGCAAAUGGGUCUUCCAAAUGGACAAUGACCCCAAGCAUACUUCCAAAGUUGUGGCAAAAUGGCUUAAGGACAACAAUGUCAAGGUAUUGGAGUGGCCAUCACAAAGCCCUGACCUCAAUCCUAUAGAACAUUUGUGGGCAGAACUGAAAAGGCGUGUGCAAGCAAGGAGGCCUACAAACCUGACUCAGUUACACCAGCUCUGUCAGGAGGAAUGGGCCAAAAUUCACCCAACUUAUUGUGGGAAGCUUGUGGAAGGCUACCCGAAACGUUUGACCCAAGUUAAACAAUUUGAAGGCAAUGCUACUAAAUACUAAUUGAGUGUAUGUAAACGUCUGACCCACUGGGAAUGUGAUGAAAGAAAUGAAAGGAUUAAAUGUCAGGAAUUGUGUAAAACUGAGUUUAAAUGUAUUUGGCUAAGGUGUAUGUAAACUUCUGACUUCAACUGUAUAUGUUGGGGUCAAUGGAGGGUGGAUAAGAAGUAGGUGUAUGGAAAGAUACUGUGUGAGGAAGGGGGAGUGCAGAAAGUUUACAUGUUAAAACAUGGUAUUGUUAAAUCUCUUGAUCAUAUGGAGAGGGGCAAAGGGCAACAGUCUGGUUUCAGUCACUGAUAAGGUAGGACAGACAUGGCUUAGGGAGGAGUGAGGAAUUCAGGCCGAGCUCAGGUCAGAUGAAGUGACAAGGAACAGUUCUAUUACACACACCACUUAAGUUCCUGCUUAACAACAGAGAUGUAAUGGCUGUCUAGAUGUGCAAGGAGUUGACUCCGCCCAAUAGGAGGAUAUAAAUACUUGUGCUGGUGGAAACAUGUCUUUGUCUUUGCAGCUGUUUGACCCAGUGGGGAAUAAAUUUGUUUUGAGCUUUUCCUAGUCAUCCGUUUUAGUUUUCACUCUGUUUGUUUAGAACCUAACAGUGCAUACUGAACAACCCAGGUUUACUGGCAAAGCCAGUGUGUCUCACAAUAUGAUUAUGAAAAACACCAAAAGGUCAAGCCAAGGUCAGAGAAUUAGUAAUGUGGGUCAAUUCUAAAUCUCUGUUGUUUGUAGGGGACAUCUUCCUGGUGAGGGGAGGCAUGCGAGCUGUGGAGUUCAAGGUAGUGGAGACGGACCCCAACCCCUAUUGCAUCGUGGCCCCAGACACAGUCAUCCACUGUGAGGGGGAGCCCAUCAAACGAGAGGUACGGCUUAAUUCAGUACCAGCACUGCUGCAGUUUUCUAUAGAGCAGCAAGUCUGCUCUAUUUCUACAGCUUCAGUUGGAUAUUGUGCAUGAGAGCAGGUUAACAUCAGAGCUGCUGUUUUCAGAGAUGGGAUUUUUCUUGAUUAUUCAGGAAUUCCUGAUUUUCUGAUCGUAGAAAGCAAUUUCUUACAUUUGUAUGCUAUCUGUAUCUGUAGCCUUUUGCCCUAGUUUCUAAUGCUUUACCAACCACAUCUCUUACUGUGUUCAGGAUGAAGAGGAGUCUCUGAAUGAGGUUGGCUAUGAUGACAUUGGUGGUGUGAGGAAGCAGCUGGCCCAGAUUAAGGAGAUGGUGGAGCUGCCCCUGAGACACCCAGCACUGUUCAAGGCCAUCGGCGUCAAGGUGAGCUAAAUACAACUCUCAUCCUUCACGUCAAACCUCAUGUAGAAACUAUUAGAUAAAUGCCUUAAACUGGUUUGUUUUAACCAUACGUUUUGAUUUGGUUGGAUUUGUUUAAACAAGUGAAUGAAUUGCUGCUGUUUUACAUGAAAAUGUAAUUCAUUUUCAUCACUUCUAAUUUUAAUUCAGCCUCCAAGGGGGAUCCUGCUGUACGGACCCCCUGGAACAGGAAAGACUCUGAUCGCCCGUGCUGUGGCGAAUGAGACUGGAGCCUUCUUCUUCCUUAUCAAUGGUGAGAGCCUGAAGGACAAUACCUUUUUAGUUAUUUUUCAUCAGCAUUUUGUUAAAUUCCAUUUCAAUUCAGUCAAUGCAUGAAGUGAAUUGAAAUUCCAUUAAAAAUACUUUUUUUUAGUUGGAAUUUCAAUGCAACUGACUGAAUUGGAAUUGAUUGACUCUAACUCUGUUGUUCAGUGAUGGUCAGAAUUACACAUUCAGUGUGUUUGUUGUCAGGAAGUUGCCUAAUAGUUGAACUCGCACCUACUAAAUGUUUCAGGGCCUGAGAUCAUGAGUAAACUGGCCGGAGAGUCUGAGAGUAACCUGAGGAAGGCCUUCGAGGAGGCGGAGAAGAAUGCCCCCGCCAUCAUCUUCAUUGACGAACUGGAUGCCAUUGCACCAAAAAGAGAA